AUGGCAACAAUUGGAGAUAUCUGUAUGGCUGCGGCUAUCAAUAUUCUAUCAGCGUUUGCCUUCUUUGUGGCGUUUGCUAUAUUAAGGCUUCAGCCAUUCAAUGAUAGAGUAUACUUUCCCAAGUGGUACCUUAAAGGGAUAAGAAGCAGCCCAACGCAUUCAGGAGGUUCUGUAAAAAAAUUUGUUAAUUUGGACUGCAGGACAUAUAUAAAAUUUUUGAGUUGGAUGCCAGCAGCAUUACAAAUGCCAGAGCCGGAGCUUAUUGAUCAUGCAGGAUUUGAUUCGGCUAUGUAUAUCAGAAUAUAUCUACUUGGAUUGAAGAUAUUUGUUCCUCUUUCCGUGCUGGCCUUUGCCGUUUUGGUGCCAGUUAAUGUGACCGGCCGAUAUUUGGAUCAUCGCAAAGAUCUAACUUUUAGUGAUCUAGACAAGCUUUCUAUCUCGAAUAUUCCCCCAGGCUCACAGAGGUUUUGGGCACAUUUAACCAUGGCUUAUGUCUUUACCUUUUGGACAUGCUAUACAUUAUACAAAGAAUAUAAGCUUAUAACAUCGAUGAGAUUGCGUUUUCUUGCAUCUCAAAGUCGCCGUCCAGAUCAAUUCACUGUCCUUGUAAGGAAUGUUCCUCCUGAUCCCGAUGAAUCAGUUAGCCAGCAUGUUGAACAUUUCUUCUCUGUAAAUCAUCCUAAUCACUAUCUUACUCACCAGGUUGUGUACAAUGCAAAUAGCCUAUCGAAUAUAGUUGAUAAGAGGAAAAGUUUACAAAACUGGCUUGAUUAUUAUGAAAACAAAUACAGGAGAAAUUCUGUGACAAGGCCAACAGCCAAGACAGGAUUCUGGGGGUUAUGGGGGACAUCUGUGGAUGCUAUCGACUACUAUAAUGCUGAGAUAGAAAAGCUAUUGAAUAAAGAAACUGCAGAAAGAGAAAGAGUAAUUACCGACACAAAAGCCAUAAUACCUGCUGCUUUUGUCUCGUUCAAAACUAGAUGGGGGGCAGCAGUUUGUGCUCAAACCCAGCAGUCAAGCAAUCCAACAUUAUGGUUAACAGAAUGGGCUCCUGAGCCUCGUGAUGUCUAUUGGCCAAAUCUAGCAAUACCCUUUGUUGAGCUUACAAUUAGGAGGUUGCUUAUGGCUGUUUUACUUUUCUUCUUGACAUUCUUCUUCAUGUUUCCCAUUGCAAUCGUUCAGUCCCUUGCAAAUCUUGAGGGCAUUGAAAAGGUUUUACCUUUUCUGAAACCUGUUAUAGAAAUGUAA